CCAUAGGGCGCGCGUAUAAGCUACGUCAUUUGGAAUCCUCGGUUAGGGUGGGGCCGUUACUGCAUGAGGAAACCGACACAGCAUCUGCAGACCCGCGGGGCAAGGAUAUCGAUCGAAGAGGGAUAAAAGGUUAAGAAUUCUCGCUGUUUGAUGUUCACAUAAGGUUGCCUCAAAAACAUAUCAUCCCGCUUAUUGCUGUUCGCAUCUUCAUCAAAGUGUAUACAUUGCGCCUGCCUCGUGGAACAACAAUCGACAGUACACCCCUUCCCUGGAAUCUAACUCAUUCGACUCUACUAGACCCACCGAACAGCAUGAAGUCCAAGCUCACCAAUUACAAGCUUCUCUCGUUCGACGUUUACGGCACCCUCAUCGACUAUGAACGAGGUGUUCUCCAAAGUCUACAACCUGUGCUUGAGAAAGCCGGCAAGACGGACAUCGAUCCUCUGCACAUCCUAAAAAUCUCUCAGCCAUUGUUCAAGGAUGAGCAGAUCAAGAAUCCCCAAAAGAAAUACUCGGAUUUGCUCUCCACAUGCCAUCCCGUCAUUUGUAAGGAGCUCGGUCUCCCUGAGCCUACUGCGGAAGAAAGCAAAGCAUUUGGCGCCAGUGUCGGUAGCUGGCCCUCGUUCGAGGACAGUGUUUCUGCAUUGCGACGACUGAAGAAGACGUACAAGAUGGUCGUGCUUUCCAACGUGGACAACGAGUCGUUCAAGGCGAACAACGCGAACUCUCUUGACGGCUUUGAGUGGGACCUGGUACUCACCGCUGAAGAUAUUGGCAGCUACAAACCUGAUCCGAGGAACUUCGAGCACAUGUUGAAGACAGUGAAGGAGAAGUUUGGCGUGGAAAAGCAUGAGGUGCUGCAGACUGCGCAGAGCCAAUUCCAUGACCACCAUCCUUGUAAGGACAUGGGAAUCACGAGUGCUUGGAUUUAUCGACCGGGUGCCAUUAUGGGUAACCGAGAUGAUCCUGUAUACAACUGGAAAUUUGACCAACUGGCUGAUAUGGCGGAUGCGGUUGAUCAGGAGUUGGUGGGAGUGAAACGAGGCGUUGAAAUUAGGCUUUAGAAUGGACCGUGCGCAUUAAUGAAACAUUUUUCGCAUACUGCUCCUUACGGACAACAGAAACAGUGCAUUCACUCUUCAGUGGAGAAUCCUAGUCUAUGAUGCGUCAUGAGAGAUCGGAGGAUCGACCACCAA